AUGGCAAGGCCGGCUGAUGCAACACCUGUAAUUCUUCCAACCCACAUCUCCAAAACUUUUCUCUUCGAUCCAAACCUUCUUGAAUCCAAACUGACUGGCAAGUCAAGACUGUUGAUUCUUUGUUCUCCAUCUAACCCAACCGGAUUUGUUUGCCCGAGGAAACUGCUUGAAGAAAUUGCUCAAAUUGUGGCGAGGCAUCCUCGGCUUCUGGUGCUGUCUGAUGAAGUAUAUGAACACAUUAUUUAUGCACCAGCGACUCAUACAAGCUUUGCAUCUUUGCCAGGCAUGUGGGAGAGGACUUUGACUGUCAAUGGGUUUUCUAAGACCUUUGCAAUGACUGGUUGGAGACUUGGAUACCUAGCUGGUCCGAAACACUAUGUUGCGGCAUGUGGAAAGAUUCAAAGCCAGUCAUUAGUUGGGCCUUGGUUAAUCAUGGAUCAAAAUGAUUUGGACGUGAUGGGAGGACUCCCCUACAUCACAGAAGAUGCGGAAGAAAUGGUAUGUGAAACUCCGGAAACUGCUUGUGAAUCCGACGGGUUUCCAAAAGAUGUUUCGGUUGCCUCUCUGACUCGUGAUGAUGAAGCUGUGAUGACUUUUGCGGGUGAAGCUUCUGUAAAAGGGGCAGCUAAGAAUGCUAGUUAGUCUCUCUUUCAAGUUUAACCUUCUCUUUUGUUUCAUUUGUUCUGGACCUUUCUGUUUUCCUUGUUUGCCAGUGGUGUGAACUGCGUCCGUUGCUGCAAUUGCCUGGGGAUCGCCUCU